AUGUUCCACACAUGUUUUAGCAAACCCAGAAGAUUUUCAACAGACAACUCAAUUGCCAACAACGCAGCUACCAACAACUCAGCUACAAACAACUCAGCUACAAACAACUCACCUACCAACAACUCAGCUGCCAACAACUCAGCUACAAACAACUCAGCUGCCAACAACUCAGCUACAAACAACUCACCUACCAACAACUCAGCUGCCAACAACUCAGCUGCCAACAACUCAGCUACAAACAACUCACCUACCAACAACUCAGCUGCCAACAACUCAGCUACAAACAACUCAGCUACCAACAACUCAGCUACAAACAACUCAGCUGCCAACAACUCAGCUACACACAACUCAGCUGCAAACAACUCAACUACCAAGUUCAACUCGAAGUUUAACAAGCAGCGCUAUUCCAAGAAGUUCCAGUUAUCGACCACUGAAAAGCAGUGCUAUUCCAAGAAGUUCCAGUUAUCGACCACUGAAAAGCAGUGCUAUUCCAAGAAGUUCCAGCUAUCGACCACUGAAAAGCAGUGCUAUUCCAAGAAGUUCCAGUUAUAAACAUCUGACAACCAGUGCUCUUCCAAGAAGUUCCAGUUUUCGACAUCUGCCAACCAUUGCUGUUCCAAAAAGUUCUAGUUUUCAACCAAGGACGACCGUGAUUGCUCCAACACCAACCAGACGAGAGUAUAGUACUGCUAGCUCUUUGACUAUACCUGUUGCCCCUAUUACAAGCCUUGGUGCAGGCCAUGUAAAUUGUUCAGCCGACCUUAACAUCGACAUCCUAGUGCCUUCUUCAAUUAUCACAAAAGAAAAUCUCAAUAUUGGUGAACCUCUCCAUGUUGAGGGCAACAGGGACUGUAAGAUUGACUACAAUGGAGGUCUUGGAAUUUUCGCUGGAGAAAUGCCCCUUUCAAAAUGCUUUACUCUGACGGAAAAUCAAGAUAGCAUAAUGUAUGAAGCAAAAAUCAUUGGAGGUAAUGCGCCAGCUAAGAAUGGAGUCAUCAUCAGAAAGAGUCAGUUUGCCUUGGCUGUUAUGUGUAAAUAUGACAGAUUGGCUGAAAUUGAACCAGCUAAAUUUGUUGCCACUAGAGGGAGAGUCUCCUACAAAGAUGAGGAAAUGGGAGAGUUUACAUUUACUCUGAAACUCUAUGACAGUGCAAACACCACAGAGGUUCUCUCUCCUGAAAAAGAGGUUGCCACAACUGAGAGAGUAUAUGCUGAUGUGCGAAUGACAGAUGCUGACAAUUCUGGUUUGAAAAUGGGAGUCCAGAAUUGUUUUGCGUCUCCUAGCAGUGACAGAAAGAAUGCUAUCAACACAUACUCCCUUAUCGAGAAAAGAUGUUUCAAAGAUAGUACUGUGUUUACUGUUCGAUCAUCUGGAACUCAAUACAAAUUUGGAUUCCUGGCCUUUCAGUUCACUGGAGAUAUCAAGCGUAUCUACCUCCAUUGUCAGGCUGCCGUUUGUAAAGUUGGUGACAGAACUGGAGCAUGUGACCAACCGAAUAAGGUAUCCACUAAUUAA